CUCUCCUUGGAGAUGGUCCCUUGGUGGUGGCCUCCUCCUCGCUCCCAGGGAAACAGCCAAGAUGGCGGCGGCGGCGGCGGCGGCGUCUCCGUCGUCUCCUCAGCGGAGGGACGAGCCGAGCGUCUCGGCGUUGGAGCCCGGCCGGGAGGAAGAGGAGGCCGCGGGGACGGCGAGCCCAGGCCCGCUGAGCCUGACGGAGCUGCCGGGGGAGCUGCUGGAGUCCAUUCUCUGCUGCGGCGCCCUCAGCGCCCUCGACCUCAGCCACUUGGCCGCCACUUGCCGCCGCCUGAGGGAGGCCUCGCAGCCCCGCGGGAAGGUCUGGCGGGAGCAGUUCCGACUCAGGUGGCCAUCAUUAAUGAAAUACUAUAACCAAGCUGAUAAUGUAAAUUGGCUGGAAGAAUACAAAGAGCGACACAAAGCUGGUUUGGAAGCUCAAAGAAUUGUAGCAUCCUUCUCCAAAAGGUUCUUCUCAGAGCACGUGCCCUGUGAUGGCUUCAGUGAUAUUGAAACACUUGGAUGCCCAAGCCACUUCUUUGAAGAUGAGCUGAUGUCUAUCCUUAACAUGGAAGGAAGGAAAGGCUUGACAUGGAAGUACUAUGCAAAGAAAAUUCUUUACUUCCUGCGGCAGCAAAACAUUUUAAAGAAACUGAAGGCUUAUCUUCAACGCCCACCAGAUGAACAGUCCUGUUUAGAAGGGGCUGUCUUGGUUGACCAGUAUUGUAACCCAUUGUUGGACAUCUGCUUGGAAACUGUCCAAGCACAGGUUGAUGAUAUUGCUGCUAAAGUUCGUAAAUACUUGAAAUCCAAAAAUGCCAGACAUCCAAGUGUGACCUCCAAAGCAGGAGAUGCCUUGAUAAUAUCUCAGGUGGAGCUUCAGAGGCAGGUUCUUGAUGCCAUGAACUAUGUCCUUUAUGAGCAAUUAAAAUACAAAGGGAACGAGGUGGAUUACUACAAUUCUCUGAAUUCAUACAUCCGCCAGGUUUUGAUCCACAGGACUGGAAUCCCAAUCAGUUUAUCUGUGCUUUAUUUGACAAUUGCCAGGCAGCUGGGUGUUCAACUUGAGCCAGUCAACUUUCCCAGUCACUUUCUGCUCAGGUGGUGCCAAGGGACAAAAGGAAGCACCAACAUUUUUGACUAUGUUUAUAUCGAUGCUUUUGGGAAGGGAAAACAGCUCACAGUGAAGGAGUGUGAAUACUUGAUUGGACACCAUGUGACUGAGGAAUUCUAUGGUGUGGCAACGGCGAAGGAGGUUUUGCAACGAAUGGUGGGCAACUUGUUAAACAUUGGAAAACGGGAAAGCACUGAUCAGUCCUACCAACUCCUAAGAGACUCUUUGGAUUUGUACUUGGCCAUGUAUCCAGACAACGUGCAGCAUCUAAUGCUCCAAGCUAGAUUGUACUUCCACUUGGGAAUCUGGCCAGAGAAGGUUCUGGACAUCCUGCAGCAUAUUCAGGCACUGGACCCCUCCCAGCAUGGAGCAGUGGGCUACUUAGUUCAGCAUACACUAGAACAUAUCGAGCGUCGGAAAGAGGAAGCGGGACCCGAUGUGAAACUCCACUCGGAGGAGAAACACAAGGACAUCUGCUACUCAGUUGGCAUGAUUAUGAAACACAAGAGGUAUGGCUAUAACUGUGUGAUAUAUGGCUGGGAUCCAUCAUGUAUGAUGGGGCACGAAUGGAUCCGAAACAUGAAUGUCCACAGCUUGCCUCAUGGUGCUCACCAGCCAUUCUACAAUGUAUUGGUGGAGGAUGGGUCAUGUCGAUAUGCUGCCCAAGAGAACCUGGAGCAUAAUAUGGAGCCUUACGAAAUCCCUCACCCAGACAUCGGCCGCUACUUCACCGAGUUUGCUGGCACUCACUAUGUAGCAAACACAGAGCUAGAAAUCCGGUACCCUGAAGAUCUGGAGCUUACCCAUGCAACAGUUCAAAAGAUAUAUGAGAAAAAAGAAUGAACCUUUUAUCUUUUUGCAAGGGUAAAAUAUGACUUCACACAUUAACUGUGAGACUUGCAUUGCAGGAAAACCAGGGCUGUCUGACUUAACUAGGGAUCAUAUUUUGCCCCCAAACUAGCAAUGCAGUGUUUUCUUAUGUAACCACCCACUUAUGGCGUGGCAACGCUAGCAAAAUGAUGUGGAAUGGAUGAGUUCUCAGGGCAAGAUCUUGCUUGUCUGAAUUGACCUCUUUGUACAAAGUAACUGAUCCUUUUUACCAUCCUGGACUCUAAAAGCUCUUGUUCCUGACUUGAGGAUGUUUUCAAUAGCCUGGAGAUUGAAAUGUUGACAUUUUAUGGACAUGGUUUGUCAUAUUUGCAAUAUUUUUAAAGGCUUGAGUUUUGUAAAUAGUCAUUAGGGUCACUCUGGUUUCUUCUUUCCAAAUCUGUUUUCUCUCCUUUCUAAUAUUCUUUGCAACAGCCAGCAGUCCAGUGCCAAAUUCUUGGGAAUGGUAUUGAAACUUCACAACCCAAAGAUCUUUAGGAUUUACUAAAUUAAUCUAGUUCUCUUCAAGCAAACUGUUGAAUGACUACAUGAGACAGGAAGGUUACAUCCAUCUUCCUCUUUCCCAAAAGCUUCUAGAGUCCCAUUCUACUGUAUAGAUAUGUACCCUGCCAAUGGUAAGGAUGAUCUAAUGCUACAUUUCUGGCCAGGUUGAAUGUGAACAUCCAUUAUUCUCUUAUUCUGCACCCCUUAUAUUUAUCUUGAAGAAACUGCUUGAAGUAGAUAUAAGAUUCCUCUAUCACUGCAUCCAUAAAUUUGGAGUAUCUGAGCGAUUACAUUAAAUAGCUUUUUUUUUUUUAAUGUCCAUAUUUUGCCUAUUCCAACCCGAACUCUGUUGGAGAAAUGCAGGUAGUACGUAUAAUGCCUGGUGACAUUCAUGUUAUUGAGGAAUUUGUGUAAAAUAUAGGUUAGUUAGUUUGCAGUCUGGCCACCAGACUGGUAGCUAGACAUGCAGAGAAAAACAGCUGAUCAAGCCUCUCUCUAUCAUUAGACAUUAUAAACGCUUAUUGCAAGUAUGUGAAACAUGUAAUUUUAAAAUUGGUGUCUCUGAGCCGAGUGCAGUCAAUACUUAGUGGAUUACUCAAUGGCACGGCAGGUACGUUAUAAUUAUAAUGUGGUGAAGGAUAAAAUGAUACCCUUUUAUGAUCGUAGUUUGGAAUGUUGCUGCAAAAUCAUUAUUUUCCAGAUAGCUGCUGAUUUGCAUGUUGUGUUUUCAUAAUAUUUAGCCAGUACAUAUCUUUGUGAAAUUCUCCGUGUCGACUGGGGUAACUUGAAACGACUCAGAAGAUUGGGUAAGGCACCAGGCACCUUGUUUCUACAGGUAAUGCUGCUGCCUUUGUGAGCAUGUGUAUGCUAACAUCAUGUUUUAUCGAGGCAACCAGGACUGCUGGCCCCAAACUGCUUAUGAGUGCAUACACUGAAAGAAGUGCCCCUGCAGUCACAGCUAACAAUGAUCACUCUCAUUCACACUGAUGGGAGUGUACGUUCUCAUGUACUGGGGGAUCAUGGCUCUUUUGCAGCAAUUCAACCAUCACAUUACUUGCUCAUGAGAGUGAACCAAAAGGAAAACUGAGGAUACAGAUGACUAAUGCAGGGAAGUGCGAAAGAAGAAGCAUUUUUAAAAUGUAAUAUAAAUGGAAGUGACUAGAUUAGAGAGCUGAACUUCUGUGCAGUUUGCACACCGUGAAUCCAAAUCUUACCUUCACAGGGUAAGAACUUCAGCAAUAUAUAGCCUGAGCUUUCCCACUUCAUUGGAGAAGAUGCUGCUACUAUGUUGUUAGGGACUAAUGCAUCUGCCUCAAACCUCAGCUUUUUAGUGUGCAGCAGGUUCGUUCAAAGCAUGGGUCUUCUUGCCCUGGGUCUGUCUUGCAUUAACGCUAGUUGCAUAACCUUUAUCCAUAACUGCAUUAUUUCCGUCUCUGUGCUGCUGGUAGUCUGAUGUUUGUUUGUGGGACCUCCCUCCUUCCAAGUUACUCUCAGUGUUUCUGUCUGUUUGCAAAGCACUUAGAAUUUGUCUUUCAUAUGAAAGGUGCUAUAUAAAUAUAUACAUAUAAAAAUAAUCAAGUAGUAUGAUAUAUUUAAAAAAUUUGUACAGACAAUAUUGAAUAUGCAGUUUUGAUCACAGACUGACCUAUUUUUAAGGAGAGUUUCAAAUGUGGGGUUCUCUCCUCCCCCCCUUGUCACUUGAUGGAAUAAAAUGUUGAUCUUGUCAUGGUA